AUGAACCCUGGAUAUAAAACAUCGAACAUAUACAAAGUGCAAUACUUUAACUACUGUAACAAGCAUCUAAGUCUAAGAGCUAUGUUUGGUGAUAACAAAUAUUUAUGUGAUAUUUUCAUAUGUAUUUUCUGGAGACUUUUAUUAGUUGCGUUCCAUUGCAACUCCUCUCCGGAUGUUUGGCACGAAGAGUUUGCUGAUAAAUCAAAUAAUAAUAUAUAA